AUGAUGGAGUACAUUGGAGCCACUGGUGUUUCGGUAUCCUUUGACGAUGUACCAAUCAAUGAUGAAAUCGACUUCAAUUUCAUACUCGGCUUUGCUAUUGAUGCAGAUGAAUCAGGCAACUUCCAAAACGGAAAAUUUUCACCAUACUGGAUACCUGAACUAACCCCAAACUCUGUUGCGGACAUAAAAGCAUCCCACCCUAAUGUAAAAGUCAUGGUAAGCCUGUCUGGUUGGAGUAUAGGUGAGAAAACCCUACACUGGUACAUUCCUGAAAACUCCGAAAAAUGGAUAAGCAAUGCCGUCUCAUCUCUCACUUCCAUCAUCACCACUUACCAUCUUGAUGGCAUUGACGUAGACUACGAAAAGUUCCGCAAUACUUCUGCAACUAAUGCUAAUUUCGCUUACUGCAUUGGCGAGCUCAUCACCCGUUUGAAAGACCAGGGUGUCAUUUCAGUGGCCAGCAUUGCACCCUUUUACAGCACAGUUGCGCCUUACAUUGCACUCUUUAAGGACUACGGACAUGCCAUAGACUAUGUCAAUUACCAGUUCUACACUGACAAGGUUAGGACUCCGAAAGGAUACUUGAAGGCAUUCGAGAAUCGAGCCAACCAAUUUGACAAGGCAAAGCUGUUGCCAGCUUAUGAAGUGAACGGAAGAGGAAUUCAGGGUGAUAUUUUCUUUGAUGCUUUAGACCUAUUGGAGAAAAAUGGAUUCCUGGUUAAUGGGGUGAUGAUCUUCUCAGCUGAUGCUUCUUCUGAGAAUAAGUAUUACUAUGAGAAAAAAUCACAAGCUUUCUUAUUACUCAAUUCUAAAUCUGUGUAA